AUCGUCGGCGCGGGCCUCGCGGGCAUGAUCUGCGCCAUGGACCUGCUGGACGCGGGCCACGACGUCGAGCUCUUCGAGCUGCGGCCGUUCGUCGGCGGCAAGGUGAGCUCGUGGAUCGACAAGGAGGGGAACCACAUCGAGAUGGGGCUGCACGUCUUCUUCGGCUGCUACUACAACCUCUUCGGCAUCAUGGAGCGCACGGGGUCCUACGACCUGCUCCGCAUGAAGGAGCACAUCCACACGUUCGUCAACGACGGCGGCGACCUCGGCGCGCUCGACUUCCGCUUCCCCGUGGGCGCGCCCGUGUCCGGGCUCCAGGCCUUCGCGCGCACGGAGCAGCUCGGCUGGGGCGACAAG